AUGUAUGAUAAUAAGGUUUGGUUUAUGGAUGAUCAACGUCUAAAGAGCUUUUGGAACUAUCAUGAAGCGGCAUUGCGAUGGUUUAAAGCACAUCAAGCAGCUCGUGAAUACGCUAUGAAUGAUUUAUCUGAUACAAUUUCGAGUUCUGUCGACAUUAAAUCGAGCAUUGACGAAAGACAUUUUGUCAAAAGCAAUGGUUUACCGAGUACAGCACGAACCAGCAGCAAUGAUUCUUUACCGGAUGUUGGACAGGAAUCAUCUUCAGGAGAUAUGGACGAAGAGAUUGGUAUGAGUAGCGAAAUGGCUGCUUUUUUCCGACAAACAAUUGAACACAGGAAACAGAGAGAUGCUGAUCGAAGCAAAGAAGGCAAGAAAAAUAAGGAAGACCAUUGGGAAGAUUGUGGGGAAGAUCAUUAUGUGAUGGCUGACAAGAUUGGAGUUUAUGGCAGUGAAAAACGAUCGUUUCAAUUGCCCAAUGGCCCUGCUGAACGACGGAUAAAAUCCGAUAAAAUGAAAGCAUUAUACGGCAUUGAUGCUGAAAAAAUUUUGGCAAUGGAAACACAUUUGGAUCUCCGAUUCGAACAGAAUUAUUUGCAACCGGGUGCAUACUUAUGGCCCAAUAUACCAUUAAAAUUAUAG